GAAAAUUUUCGUUUUUCGUACUUCACAUCAUUCGUGAACAUCACAAUGUAAUUUAUAUAAAUACGCACGUGAUAUUCUUAAUCAAACUUCAUUUCUUUCUUUCUUUUAUAAUCUUAUGCCAUUGAAUUAUUAAAAUAACGAAUAUGAAUAAAAACGAAAAGAUUCAGUUAUUACGAGAUUCAAUUACCACUUUUCCUGAUUUUCCUAAACCCGGUAUUAUGUAUCGUGAUAUAUUUGGUAUUUUCCGCAAUAUUUCCGCAGUGAGAGCAAUGAAAGAUUUAAUAGUGGAACAUAUUUUAUUUCUUGAAGUAGAUUUCAUAGUUGGUUUAGAUUCACGAGGUUUUCUUUUUGGACCUAUAAUAUGCAUGGAAUUAGGAAAACCAUUUUUGCCAAUUAGAAAAAAAGGAAAACUCCCAGGAAAGGUUUUUAAUCGUUCCUUUAAUUUAGAAUAUGGAGAGGAUACUUUUGAAAUACAAACAGAACAAAUAAAACAAGGAAGCCGAGUGCUUAUUGUAGAUGAUUUACUAGCAACAGGAGGUACCAUGGAAGCUGCAGUAGAAUUAGUGAAAGCAGUUGGUGGUGAAGUAAUUGAAUGUUUAACAAUAAUUGAAUUAAUUGGACUAAAGGGAAGAGAAAAACUUAGUGUACCUGUUCACUCAUUUAUUCAAUAUGAUUCUUAAUUCUAAAAUAAUAUACAUAAAAAGUAUAAUUUUAUGUUUAAAGACAAUAUAAAAUACAAUAUUAUUAUUAUUAUUCUAUCAUCAUUAUUCUAUAAACAAAACAU